GCUUGCUUUCAAACCAUGUACCGCUUGGGAGGGUAUUUCAGUCAAGUGGCAUCCUACAGGCAGCAGCCUAGGAGAUUCAGGGGAGGUCUACACUAUAGCUGGGAUCGAUGCUCUGAGAUCGAUUCACCGGGGGUUGAUUUAGCGGGUCUAGUGAAGACCCGCCAGAUCGAUGACAGAUUGCUUUCCAGUCGACCCCUGUACUCUGUCCCAGCCAAGAAGAGUAAGGUGAAGUGGAAAGGGAAGGAUUUGUUUGACUUGGUGUGCAGGACCUUAGGACUCCGAGAAACCUGGUUCUUUGGACUUCAGUACACGAUCAAGGAUACCGUGGCCUGGCUCAAAAUGGACAAGAAGGUUCUGGAUCAUGACGUUCCAACAGAGGAGCCGGUCACGUUUCACUUCCUUGCCAAAUUUUACCCUGAGAAUGCGGAGGAGGAGCUGGUUCAGGAGAUCACACAGCACUUGUUCUUUCUGCAAGUAAAGAAACAGAUUUUAGAUGAGAAGAUCUACUGUCCUCCUGAGGCAUCUGUGCUGCUGGCCUCCUAUGCCGUCCAAGCCAAGUAUGGUGAUUACGAUCCCACUGUUCAUCAGCGUGGCUUCUUAGCACAAGAGGAGUUGCUUCCAAAACGGGUAAUUAACCUGUACCAGAUGACUCCAGAAAUGUGGGAAGAAAGAAUAACAGCCUGGUAUGCAGAACAUAGAGGCAGGGCAAGAGAUGAAGCUGAAAUGGAAUAUUUGAAGAUCGCUCAGGAUUUGGAGAUGUAUGGAGUAAACUACUUUGCAAUUAGGAAUAAGAAGGGCACUGAGCUGUUGCUUGGGGUUGAUGCACUGGGGCUUCACAUCUACGACCCAGAAAACAGACUGACCCCCAAAAUCUCUUUUCCAUGGAAUGAGAUCCGGAAUAUCUCUUACAGUGAUAAGGAGUUUACAAUUAAGCCACUGGACAAAAAGAUCGAUGUCUUUAAAUUCAAUUCAUCAAAGCUGCGUGUGAAUAAGCUGAUUCUUCAGCUGUGUAUUGGAAACCAUGAUCUAUUCAUGAGGAGGAGGAAGGCAGACUCACUGGAGGUCCAGCAGAUGAAAGCACAGGCCAGGGAGGAGAAGGCCAGAAAGCAGAUGGAAAGACAGCGGCUGGCUCGAGAGAAGCAGAUGAGGGAAGAGGCAGAGCGAACAAGGGAUGAGCUGGAGAGGAGGUUGUUGCAGUUAAAGGAGGAGGCGACAAUGGCCAAUGAGGCUCUGAUGAGAUCUGAAGAGACAGCAGACUUGCUGGCUGAAAAAGCCCAGAUCACAGAAGAGGAAGCCAAGCUGCUGGCUCAGAAAGCAGCUGAGGCGGAGCAGGAGAUGCAGCGGAUCAAAGCCACGGCAAUCCGGACAGAGGAGGAGAAACGGUUGAUGGAACAGAAGGUCGUGGAGGCAGAAAUGUUGGCAUUGAAGAUGGCAGAAGAAUCGGAGAGAAGGGCAAAGGAGGCUGAUCAGCUAAAGCAGGACCUUCAGGAGGCUCGAGAGUCCGAGCGGAGAGCAAAGCAGAAGCUCUUGGAGAUCACCAGCAAGUCAUCAUACACGCAGCCCAUGAACUCAGGUAUGACAGCGCUGCCUGCCGACCUGCCAAGCUUCAACCUCAUCAGUGAGAGCCUCUCCUUUGACUUCAAGGAUACAGACAUGAAGAGACUUUCCAUGGAAAUAGAGAAAGAGAAAGUGGAGUACAUGGAGAAGAGCAAGCACCUGCAGGAGCAACUAAAUGAGUUGAAGACUGAGAUUGAGGCGCUGAAACUGAAGGAGAGGGAGACAGCGCUGGAUAUACUGCACAACGAGAAUGCCGACCGAGGCAACAGCAAGCACAACACCAUUAAAAAGCCUCAAGCCCAGGGCAGAAGACCUAUCUGCAUAUGAGACUUCAAAGUAGGUUAUUCCAAGCUCACUUUGCAGAGCACCAAGUCCCGUGUGGCCUUCUUCGAGGAGCUCUAGGAGGUGACCCAGCCAUCCUGCACUGCUGCUUCCAGCGAGCCAACCACGUGCCAGCCAGAGCCUCCUUCAGCAAGGCUAUAUAGGCACAUCCCAAUGGCUGGGGAGCCAGGAACACAGCCCCUCUACAUGCUGGCUGAGUGCACUCUGGUACAUGAUGCUGCUCCUGUGCAAUGGACUUGGUCCGUCAGCUGUCCGUGGAUUUCAGCGUGAUGAUUUCUAGUUUAGUGUAUCCUAAUCCCCCUUGUAGGUUUUUAACUAGCUACUCUGUUCUACCGUUUAUAAUGCAGAGCUGUGUAUCCCUUUCAGUCUUUUUAAGCAGUAUUUGUAUUUGGGCAUGACUGUCAUGUGACUUCCUGGGAGCUGGUGAGCAGGCACGUGUGCCUUGGAAGGGAUGCCUUUCCCUUCCGGCCCUGCUUUAGGGAAUACCACAAAUUAUGUGCACUUCUGUAGGUGGAGAUGUGGUGCUUUCAGCAGUUCAGGAGCCAGGCGGCGAGAUGUGUGCUAUUCUCUCCAUGUCCCCAGUACUUCUGCCUGUCUCUUGGAGGGGCUGAGUACUAGUAGCUCCCACUGGUGCCACACACAGUGGUAUAAUGGAAUGCUUUAAUCAGUGGUACAGCCUCCCCUAUGAGAGCAUGGUUAGGUCUGGUCUUCCUGCCUGUCAGAGGAUCUAACAGACCUAGAAGGGGUUCAGAGAUGUGCUGUGGGAAUAGGUCUGGAACGACUUCUGUAUAAGGAGAGAUUGAAAAGAUUCUGGCUGUUUACCUUAGAGAGCUGCUGCAUAGAGGAGACAUUACAAAGGUGUGCAAACUAAUGAACGGUAUGGAGAAGAUAGAUCUCCCUUCUCCAGUAUGACGCAAGAGCAAGGGCCUAGUCAAGGGAACUGAAAAGUGGCAUAUCCAGCACUGAUCAAAGGAAAUACUUUCCCACACAGUGUGCGAUGAGCCUCUGGAACUCCUUGCUACAAGAUUCCAAGAAUUUUGUAGGAUUUGAUCUUUGUCAGGAUACAAAAAUAGCCAGAAAUCUAGCAGUGGACAUUUAAAAAGUGAAGGGGUUCUGGAAGAGAUAUGAACCUUCAUGCUUGUGCCUAGAAGCUGACCUCUAAAUAAUGUAGAUCAGGAGGGAAUUUCCUCUAUGCUGUAGUCAUCCCAUAGCUACCUACUGCAGCCACCUUUCACUUUCCUCUGAAGCAUCUGGUACCUGCCACUGCUGGAGAUGGGCUAGGUGGACCAUGGGUCUGAUCUACUCAUGGGAGCUGCAUCUGCUCAGCCUGUCUGCACAUCACCUCCCUUGCUUCAUUUUGAUUCCCCUGGUAGAGUGGUAACCAGCACCCCACAAGCUGGGACUCUGCUGAGAGCAGUCUCAGCAUCUCUUUACUGUUGAGUCCUGUAGAGUGGCAGGAGCUGCCUUGCUCUGGUGGUGGCAGAGCCUAUGGUUUCCAGUCCGUGAAGGAGCAUGCUGUGAACACUCAUGGGGCCUGUUCCUGCUGUGAGACAGAGCCAAGCAACAGGGUUGAGUUACUAAGGGUAUGUCUAGACUACCCGCCUUAUUGGCGGGUAGUGAUCGAUUUCUCGGGGAUCAGUAUGUUGCAUCUCCUCUAGAUGCGAUAUAUCGAUCCCUGAACGCGCUCCCCUUUGACUCCGGAACCCCACCAGCGCGAAUGGCGGAAGCGGAGUCGACGAGGGAGCCGCGGACAUCGAUCCCACGCUGUGAGGACCCAGGGUAAAUCGAUCUCAGAUACUUCGACUUCAGCUACGCUAUUCAUGUAGCUGAAGUUGCGUAUCUUAGAUCAAUUCCCACCCCCAGUGUAGACCAGCCCUAAGCAGCCAAAGUGAGUUUGGCUGCUAAAUGAAGUCUCUCUCUCCUAGCCAUGGACUCUAGACAGCUAUGUCAAAGAAGUCAGUGGCAUCUUCAGCUCUUGAAAGGAUGUAGGUCUGCUGCCUUGGGAGGAGAGGAGUAACUCCUGGCACGUGGUUUGUCCUCAUCCUGCCUCCUUUGCCAGUCCACCCCCCAUCCUGCCCUGCUUUGUAUUCUGUGUUUUGGGGGGUGAGUGGGGAGAGGUGCUAGGAAUCACUUUCAAUUUAUCUCCCGGGCACUGGAAGUAGGGGCGCUGCUGUACCCUCUGGCUUGAAGUAGUUUCCACUAUAUCCAGGGUUUACUGUUUGGUUCAAUGGCUUGCAGCCCCCCACCCCCACUAUACAAACUGUUCCAGCACCACUGUUGGCAUCCCCUCAUAUAAUGCACUUAUGAGCCUUUUUGUGUAAUGGCCUCUGGUCUACUCCCUCCCCCCACCACCACCUAUAGGCAGCUAUUAUCCCAUAAGCUCACCCCUUUGCUGCUGUUCUGCGCCAGCAUAAAGCUUUCGUGCCCUGGCGGUUAUAUUCAUUACGUAUAAAGAAAUACACUCUUCAACCCUUAAGUGCUGCUGCUUGCCAGACUGCAGCCAGUUUGAACAGUGCAGCUUCUAAUGGGUUAAUCCAGGUGUUGUCCUGGAAUGCAGUGUCAGGAUCUUUCCUGUGACAUGGGGGCACUUGGAGUAUAGGGAAGCAUGAUUCCUCCCAGUGCAGACAGCAUUGACUCCCCAUGUCCUCUUGUUGAUGCUGCAAGGAGAGCAAGUGCUAAGCACGUCUCCUGCCGGACAAGUGCUUCAGUGUCAUGCCAAUGGCUUGUCUUUAAUCCCACCUAACCAUACAGCCUGAACUCUAGAGUGGGAGCUUCUCACACACAUACCACCAUAAAGUGUUAUGGCCACGAUGCGAAAUGUUUGUACAUCUUUUGUAUCAAUGUUUUUUGCCACCCUAGGGAGCAGAAAGAACCCUCAGUGGUCUCAGCAGAAAGUCUUGCAGGUAGCAAUGGAGAUCCCACAGAUUGGAGCAGGCUGCAAAGUUGCAAUAAUAUUGGGCUACGGAUUAGCUUUUCCCUUGAGCUGUCUCAAUUCAGCUGAUUGGGGUUACAGCCCGCUCAGAGUCUCCAUCCUAAAUCCUGCUUUUUAGGGGUUUAUAGAUCAGCUCUUAGCUCUCCCUCGGGGCUAUAACCUCAGCAGAUCUGGGCUUGGCUUAGGAGCAGAAAGAGGCUUAAUUUAAAGAGGAAAAACUGUUAAUCCAUUUUCAAGUUAUAAAAGUAGAAAAGUGACCUGCCAUGAGGGGUUGAUUUCCAGGCUUGACUGUGGGGACAGGAAAGUGCAGGCAUGUAUUGCAUUGAUCUGUAGCACAUCUCUCUGGCCAGUUCAAGAAGAGUUCUUGCCUGGCUCUGAGGGAGCCCUAGCUGGUUCUCCACUCUAGAGGGACAAUUGUGAGAUGAGACAGUAAAGGGACAAAAGGAAAGAGGGGGAACGAGAUCUUUUAUUAAAAGAUGCUUUUCCAUUGAUCAGUUUCUCUCCCUAGUGACUCAAUGUUAGUUAUGUUUACUGCCCCUCUGAAAGGCUGGGCUAGGGCCCUUGGGGUGAUCCAAGGGCUACACAGAACCAACAGCCAUUUCAGCUUGAAACAGUAAAUCCUGGCCCCAGUGAGUCAAUGGGAAUUCACUGGAGCCAGAAUGGCACCCAGAGUUUGCAGCCAUUUCAUUGGUGCUAGUUAGACACGCACAUUUCAUGCCAGUGUUUUACGUACACACUUAGGUCCAGAUCCUCAAAGGUAUUUCAGUUCCUAACUUCUAUUGAUUUAAGUGAAAGUUAGGAGCCUAAAUACCUUUGAGGAUCUGGGCCUUAGACCAUAAUCCAGCAGUUUCAGAUACAUGUGGUCAACUUUGAGCUCAUGACCAAUUCCAGUGAAGUCACGCCUGAUUUUAACCUGGAUCCAAAUUGCAGUUUACCUUAUCUAUGCUUGAGGUUUACAGUGGAGCAGCUACAUGGCUGGCUGGCUAUAAAUUGGUAGAAUCGGGGCAAGUUCUGACUGGAGCCAAGGCCAAAGAGGAGUUAUUAUCCCCACCCCUCUCCCCUUAAAUCCAUAGCACUAGAGCCAGGGGUCUCCCACUGAAAUUAACAGGCACCAGGAAGAACUUCUUCACAUAGUGGACAGUCAGCCCAUGGAACUCGUCAGCAAAUGUGAUGGCCAAAACUAGACCUGGGUUCAAUAAAGAAUUUGGUAAAUUCAUGGAGGAUUGGUCCAUCAGUGGCCAUUAGCCAAGAUGGUUAGGUAUUAAACCCUGUGCCGCGGGUGUCUGUAAGCCUCUGACUGCCAGAUGCUGGGGAUGGAUCACUCACUAACUGCCCUGUACCGUUCAUUGCCUCUGAAGUCUAUGGUACAGAUCACUGUCAGAGACGGGACGCUAGGCUAGAUGGACCAUUGAUCUGACCCAGUAUGGCUGUUCAUAUUUAAACAAUACUAGCAAUCAUGUCCUUGCUGCCCACUCUUAGCAAGGCUGAGCAAACACUAAUGGUUCUCUUUAACCCACCCAAUUCACUUGCCUUUAUUUUACUUUUUUCAGCAGCUUGGUUUAAUCACAGAGGGCUGAAUUUAGCCCUGUGGUGACUUCAGUUGAGUUAUGGACAGGGUGGAUUUGGCCCAGAGUCAGCCCAUGGCGCAGCAUAGUAUAUCGUGGCUUUUAGCAGAUCACAUCCUUGAACCCUUUUAUUUAAAAGGUCCCUGAUAUGCAUUGACUCUCCUCCCAUUUGGAAGUGUAUGUGUCUGAAAUUCAGAUGGAUGAAGUAGUCUUUUCCUUGGGAUGGGGUCUGGGACAGAAAGGCCUUUUUUUUUUCUAUUCCCGUGGAUUGUUAUAUUCUAAAGAUACCAUUGUUUGUUUUCUCAUUUGUUUUAAUAAAAAUUGAAAGCAGUU